CGUUCUCCCGAAAGUGUAAUGUAUCGAGGUUGACCGCGAGAUGGUUUUAAUUUCUGCCUAAAUUGAUGAAAAAUGUCAAUUCAUAAAAACUGAAUUAUGAAUAAUGAAUACAUCCAACAAUAACUAUGCCUCCAGCCCAGCGACUACACCAGAAUCAUCUAUUGACGAAGAAAAGUUUCUGGUGCCUUAUCAAAUCAGCUCUAAGUUUAAAAAGAAAUGGUUUAGAUUGGCGAAUACUCCUUUUGGUAUUUUGGCUGUUAGUUUUCUCCAGGUGAUAGUACACAUAUUUUCGACUCAAAAUAUUCAAAAAUCCCUCAGGUUUGAACCAGACAAAAAAAUCGAACUAUGGAGAUUUUUCACGUAUAUGCUAGUCCACGACGAUUGGUACCAUCUUAUGCUAAACGUUGUGAUCCAAUGUAUAUUUGCGGUACUUCUUGAAAAGCGGCAGGGACAUCUCAGGGUGCUUAUUCUAUAUUUCCUAGGAGGAUUUACAGGAGUCCUAGGAGCUGCUUGUGUUCAUCCUGAUCUUGUGAUAGGGGCAUCGGCUGGUGUCUAUGCCCUCUUGAUAUCGAACGUUUCUGAUAUUAUUUUAAAUUAUACAACUGUAAACUACAAAAUCUACAGAGCAACUUCUAUAGGAAUUUUAGUACUUUUUGAUAUAAUAUACAACAUAGUUCACGUGUACUUGAAGAAACAACCACUCAUAUCAUGGGAGGCGCACUUCGUGGGAGGAGUAGCGGGCCUACUUCUUGGUCUUACGAUUUACAAAGGCAGCGACAAAUACCAAGCAACCGCCAACAGAACGUUAUUUUGGAUAAGUGUGAUAGCUUAUGCUGUUAUUGUUAUUUGCUGCGUAAUUUUAACUUUACAAAUUCAAAAAUGCACACCUCCAUUACAUUAUAAAUACGUGUACUUUUGUUAAGAGUGUCAAUUCUAUUUUAAAUUAAUGUAAAUAAGACUGAAAAAGAAUGCAAUUUUUAUCAGAGCUUUUUCUAAAAUACCCAUUUUGAUCUUUGAUUUGUUAUUUGAUAAAAAAUUGUUAUAACCCAAUUUAUAAGAAACUUUUAGUAUAUGAACUAAAAGUGUAGUUCUUAUAAAUAAUUCACAGUGUCUAGGUACACGCUAACUUGUACGCAAUUCAAAAAGUUAUAUACA